AUCAUGACUUCCUCCGUGGGCCCGUGGACGUGGGUGUGUGUGAUGGUGACCUGGGGGGUGGUGUCCAGGGGGGCGACCCCCGACAAGGAAGCGGCAGUCCGAGAUGUCUUCCGGGAGAUGCUUCACAUCUCACCUCCAAGACAACCUGGAACCUCAAAAGGACGACUUCCUUCUGCACCCCGUCACAUGGUUGAGUUGUACCAUCGCUUCGUCAACGGCCAGGAGGACUACGCCCCGCUGGAAGGGGGCACGACCACUGUGAGAAAUUUUCUUCCUUCUUCAGGAGGGAAGGACACCGUGGUGUUCAACAUAAGUAGUGUGAACACCGAAGAGGAGGUGAGACUAGCUCAGCUGCAACUUAACAGAAGAAAACUACACCAACGUCACAGACACAGGAGAUUGUUGGCUCCACCUUACAGGAUCAGGCUAUUCCGAGCAUCUCCUGGAGGCAAGCUGACUCCUCUAGGCUCUGUGCCGGUCUCCAUGGUCCAGAGGAGCGUUUGGACAUCCGUGGAUAUCACUGCUCCACUCAGAGAGCUCCUGCUAGACCCGAGGGGCGAAGUUUAUGGUUACUCCUUAGCCGUGCGUUUCGAGUCUCCCUCGGGCAAAGUCAUUCCUCCUUCUCAUUUCCUUCGUGGGUUCCCCGACUCUCACGCUUUCCUCGUGGUCUUUUCAGAGGACGGCGAAGAGGAGGUCACGGAGGACGGGGGAAGACCUCCACCUAAGCCUCCGGUACACACUCACGCCUUGGUGCAACGUCUGCAGACGGGAGGUCUGGAACGAGUGUUCAUAGACGACUCAGACAAUAACCCCGAUAUAAUUCCUAACUUUAAAAGAAGGAUGUUUACCAGGAAUGUUACUUUAUCGAACAGUUUGACAACUCCUCCAACUGUAAAUGAAACUCACUCUACUUUGGAUCAGAGGGAAGAUAUGUCGGAGAACGAAAUCAUCAGGAAGACUAGAUCCAUCAUUGAUAACAAACUUCCAGACGAGAAUGAAGAUUUGAUUCCGGUUUCCUCUCCAGAAUCGUUUUUGACCUCCAGAAUAGAUAUUUUCAAUGGUGAGAGUCGCAAUAAGAAACCGAAGAAAGUGCGGAAAGGCAAGCGUAAAGGAGGGAAGAAGCAGAAGAACUCGUAUUCAUCAGACAGAUCGCAGAAUAUGUAUAUGGGGACGGACGAGCCUCUAGGGUGUCAGGUCCGUAAAAUGACGGUGAACUUCGCAGAGAUUGGCUGGGGCGAGUGGAUCAUCUCUCCGCGCAAGUUUGAGGCCAAUUAUUGCACGGGGUCCUGUCGCUUCCCGCUGACUGAGGAGAAUGACGCCACAUCAAAGGAAGCUCUGAAGCCGUCCAACCACGCCACUCUCCAGAGUCUAGUGCACGCCCUGGGUGCCGACCCCCGGGUACCCGCCCCUGCAUGUGUACCCCAUCGUCUGUCCCCCGUCACCCUGCUGUACUUCGACCACACACUCAACGUCGUCCUCAAGAACUACCCCAGCAUGGUCGUCGAGUCCUGUGCCUGCCGUUGAACACGACUUUGACCCCAGAAAUGGCCUCGGCAUCAUGUUUGGUGAAGAUGUUCCUUCAGAGUUCAGGACUCACAACGAUGGACUGUUAUGUGUCAUACUUUACAUGUACCAUUAAGAAUAUUUAUAAGAACGUAUGUAUAAGGAUUGUCCGUAGAUAUCCGUAUGAUGUGCUGUUUUUUACAAUGUAGAUUAGAAAUCAUAUUUAUUGUAAUUGUCUUGACUUCAAAAAGUAUUUAUAGCCAUAAGAUUUAGUAUAUAUCUGUUUGUGCCCAAUAUUUCCUUCUGAUAUAGAAUAACCAUUGACUAUAGAUGGACUAACGUGAACAAGACAUUUUAUUUCUAAGUUUAAGCUAUAACCAGUUUUAGAAUAAAAAAGAAACUUGUUCGAUUGAGAUUGAGCCAACGAUAGUGCUCAGUCCCACUGAAAACGUUGUUUAUUUAAGAUAGGUACA